AUGACUACCGAAACCGACCCUUCCGAUGAGUCUCCGUGGUACGAGUACCUCCAGAGCGACCUCUUCUGGGUCUUGACCAUCCUGAUUAUAUCCACUAGCAUCUGGUCAGAAGGGCAACACAAUUUACUCAUCAGGAAAAGCGAAGGACAAGAAGACACCCAAUCCAGUGAGGCUCCGCCUCAGCCAGCCUCUGGCAUCAACCUCAAAGAUCAAAUCACCUCGCGCCUUCGCCAGUAUCUCGCCGUCUUGCUUUGCGUCUCGCCAAUCCCUGGUGAACUAAUCCACGGCUUGUAUGUCCUCAAAACUAUGUGGCGACUAUCUCUGUGGCUGGUCCAUUCGUACUAUCCGGUUAGUACCAGGCCACAUCUGUUGGGCAUUCUCAUGUUCUCGCCCAUCGCUAUCCCUCUGCUGGGGGGCUGGUGCGCGGUAGUGGGCGGAGGGUACUGCAUUGUCUCGAUACAGAUUGGACUUUGUAGCGAUUUAUGGAAACUCGAACCCAAUGAGCAACCUGCUCUUCUUUCAGAAUUUAAAGAGAAAGUUUGA